ACGCGUGCACUUUCACUGCUAGGGCAUCGCCGCCGCCUCUUGUCCCGCUCGUAUACCACCACAACAACACACCUCACCCCAGCGCUUCAGCAGCCAUCUACCGAUCCUCCUCACAACACCCACACAGAAACCGAAGCCACAAUGUCGGAAGCUGUAUAUAGCACAGAGACUCUAAAGGAAGCGCAUGCGCAACCUUAUCGGAGCUUGGAGGGCAAGGUCAACCCAUCUUUCUUGAAAGCUCUGGAUAAAAUGGGCUACGAAUAUAUGACCCCCGUUCAGCACAAGGUCCUAACCGCCCUUCCAUCAUACUCCAGCGACUGCCUAGUACAAGCAAAGACUGGUACAGGAAAGACCAUUGCCUUUCUUCUACCAGCCCUCCACGCCCUUCUAGAAAAGAAGACUGUUCCAAAGGGACAGGUAGGAAUUCUUGUCAUCUCACCGACUCGCGAACUCGCCCUUCAGAUUGCCAAAGAAUGUGACGAGAUCACUGCCUGCCUUCCCACGCCUAUCCAAUGCCAUACCGCCUUCGGUGGAACUGCCCGAGCGAGCAACCUCAAGAAGUUCCUGAACGGCAACCCCACGGUGCUAGUCGCAACGCCAGGACGUCUCAAUGACUAUCUUGGAGAGGAGGAAGUGAGACACAAGUUCCAAAACAUUCGCACCGUCAUCCUUGAUGAAGCGGACACAAUGCUAGAGGCUGGUUUCCUUCAGGACAUCAAGAAAGUUCUGAGGCAGCUACCGCCGAAGAAGAAUGGAUGGCAGGGCAUGUGCUUCUCUGCUACUGUUCCCGAUAAGGUCAAGGACGUUAUCAGCGUUGUGCUCAAUCCUGGUUACACACACUUGACGACUAUCGACAAGAGCGAGCCACCGACAGUAGACAGAGUGCCACAGUUCUCCAUCAUUGUCCCGGCAGCGAAGGACGUCUUCAAUGCACUAUAUGCAUUGGUAAAGCUUGAGCAUGCUCAAAAUCCAAAAGAUUUCAAGACAAUCAUAUUCGGCACGACAGCAAAUGGCGUGGCUCUUCUGGCGGCCAUGUUUGAAGUGGCAAUGCCGGAGCUGAAAAUCUACCAGCUACAUUCUCGCCUCACGCAAAAUGUUCGAACUAGGACCACCAACGACUUCAAGGCGGCCUCUGCAGGGCUCAUGUUCGCGUCCGAUGUCAUCGGCCGUGGCAUGGAUUUCCCUAACGUCGGUCUCGUCAUUCAGCUGGGGCUGCCUGCAUCCGGCGAGCAGUACGUCCACCGUGUUGGACGAACUGCGCGUGCCGGAAACGAAGGUCGCGCAAUCAUCAUCCUCACCCAGAAUGAGUCUUACUUCACCAAUACGAACAGGCAGCUCCCAAUCAAACCAUACACAACAGACCUCACUCCGAGCAUAGCAUCUGCGGCUCCGGUUGUUGAGAGAGCCUUCGUAUCCGUUGACGAGUCUGUCAAGGGCAAGGCGUACCAGGCUUGGCUCGGCUUCCACAAAACCCUCAUGAAGAAUCUUCGCAUGGAUGUCGGAGGUCUGGUACAGACGGCAAACGACUAUGCCGAAGCGAUGGGCUGCCCGGAACCACCUAUGGUCGACAAGAAAGUAGUCGGCAAGAUGGGAUUGAAAGGGGUUCGUGGCUUGAAUGUAGGCACCGUUACUCGGGAUGCGCCACCCGGUGGUGGGCAAAGAGGUGGACGACCUGCUGCUAACGGCAGAGGUGGUGGCGGAAUUGGCGGCGGUCCUAGAAGGGGUGCCAGAGCAGGAGAGACAGAUCCCCGUCCUCAGUUCGGCUCCAGCGAAGGAGGCAAUGGCGGCAAUGGCCGUGGUCGUGGAGGUGCGCGAGGAGGUGCGCGAGGGGGUCCCAAGAGACGCGGUGGUGCUGGUGGCGUCGAUCUCGAUGGUCGCGUUUCCAAGAGGCCUAAUGCGUUGUAGUGAGAUGUGAUUCCUUGCAAGUCUUGCGAUGCCACAUUUCGUGGUAUGUAGACGUGGCGUUG